CUCUGAAAAAAGGAACAACAACAAAGCAAGUGUAAAACCCCUCGGAUUUUAAUAUUUUGAAGAACAUAAUAGGACAAGAUUUAAUUAAAUUUAAAGUAUGUCGACUAAAGUUAUCGCCACAGCAACAGUUCGAGCUGUUAAACGAAGAUUGAUGCCAAUGCGUGCAGCCAUUACUUUAACACCAUCAGCUGUUCAAAGAGUCAAGGAGUUAUUGGAUGGAAAGAAUGAGUUUAUUGGAUUAAAAAUCGGUGUAAGGCAGAGAGGAUGUAAUGGACUGUCUUACACUCUAGAUUAUACAGCCACAAAGGAUAAAAUGGAUGAGGAAGUACUUCAGGAUGGUGUGAGGAUAAUUAUAGACAAAAAGGCACAAUUAAGUCUCUUAGGAACAGAAAUGGAUUUCGUUGAAUCCAAACUAGCUUCAGAAUUCGUUUUCAAUAAUCCAAACAUUAAAGGAACUUGUGGAUGUGGUGAAAGCUUUAACAUUUAAAUCAACAGCUAAUGUCCAAUGAUGAUAAUUAAGCAUGAAUCUAUAUAAAUUAGUGAAUGGAAAUUUCUAGAUGUACAAAAAUCACAGCAACAAAAUUCUUUAAGUUUUAAAAUUUU